AUGCCUGUCCCCAGGUCCGAAUACCUCAGCAGCACCUGGAAGGAUGGCAUCUUUGCUGGCCGAGUCGCCUUUGUGACUGGCGGCGCCGGCUCCAUCUGCUCCGCCCAGACCCGCGCGCUCGUCGCCCUCGGCGCCAACGCCGCCAUCAUCGGCCGCAACGUCGAAAAGACGGAGCGCGUCGCCGCCGACAUUGCCACGGCCCGCUCGGGCGCAAAGGUCAUUGGCAUCGGCGGCUGCGACGUUCGCGAUCCUCAAGCUCUCGUCGACGCAGCCAAGCGAUGCGCUGAUGAGCUCGGUGGCAUCGACUUUGUCAUCGCCGGCGCAGCAGGAAACUUUGUCGCCCCGAUCGCCGGCCUCUCCUCCAACGCCUUCCGCACCGUCAUGGAGAUCGACGUGAUGGGCACCUACAACACCGUCAAGGCCACGAUCCCGUACCUCGUCGAGUCCGCGAAGCGCAACCCGAACCCCUCCACCGACGGCCUGACCGGAGGCCGGAUAAUCGCCGUCUCCGCGGCGUUCCACUACACGGGCUCGCCCAUGCAGGCGCACGUCAUGGCCGCCAAGUCGAGCGUGGACAACAUCAUGGUCUCCGUGGCCCUCGAGUACGGGCCCUUUGGCGUGACGGCCAAUGUCGUCACACCCGGCGGCAUCGAGGGAACAGAGGGCAUGGAGAGGCUGGCCAGCAGCAAGAUCAGCUCCAAGGAAAUGGGCCGCGCGAUCCCCUCGGGGCGCAUGGGCACGGUCAGGGACAUUGCGGAUGCGACGGUGUACCUGUUCAGCGACGCGGGCAACUACGUCAAUGGCAAUAUCCUCGUCGUCGACGGCGCGGGCUGGCGGGCCAGCCACUCCGGGGUCGGGCUGGAUGUCGGCAUGAAGUAUCCGGAUUACCUCCUCGACGGCAAGUUCUCGCCGCACGUCAAGACUGGGCGCAAGGAGAAGCCGAAGCUAUAG